AACACACGUGCCUGCUCGCUUUGAGAGCCCUCACACCAUCUUUCUUCACAGGAUUUGAUGUUUCGGAGGCGUCUUAUGACUCAUUCCCUUAAAUUUCCAGAUAUACAAGUACCAUCUAGUUCACUCUUUUUCGCUACCUCUCUGCUCAGCAAACUAAAGCAAUAAGCUUGAAAAAUGAUCAUGAGGCUGAGUUUCGUGCUGUGCUUGAGCCUUUUGUGCGUAGCAUUUUGCGCUCCCCGGUCCAUCAUCUCGCGACCCCAUGCGCUCAGGUCCUUCCAGGUCAAUGACAAUAAUCGGAAUGAAGGGACCUGUACUUAUACGUUAUCGGUGAGGACGAGCUGUCUUUCGACCAGCUACACCAGAGAUCAAAUCAGUCUUGCGUUUGGAGAUGCCUAUGGCAAUCAGGUGUAUGCACCCAGGCUGGACAAUCCAUCCAGCAGAGCAUUCGAGAGGUGCUCGACAGACACUUUCCAGAUAAACGGUCCGUGUGCGUACCAAAUCUGCUAUCUCUACCUCUUCAGGAACGGGCAUGACGGUUGGAGACCCAAGCGAGUGACGGUUCAGGCUCAUGCGUCCUCCUACUAUGCUCAGUCGCAGCCCGUCACCUUCUAUUAUGGCACCUUCAUCCCCAGGGGAGUCUGGUUCGGGUUCAAUCACUGCGCUGCUCAUUAUGUAGCUCCUUCCUAA